UGUGUUCAUCUCCUUCGAUUCCUCAACACAUUCUUUAAAUAAUUUUGCUGUAUUACCUGUAAUUUGUAAAUCAUUAAUAGCUUUUCCCUUCUGGGUCUUGUCCAUGGAUGAAACAGUUUGCUUUUCUUUCUAGUUUUCAGUUGUUGUCGUAUUUACUAACAUCCAUUAUUACUCCCAAAAAGCUUUGACUUCUUUUUCCAGCCAUUGUCACUUUCAGUAUCUUGCAUUCCCAUUAAAUAUUUGCUCUACAUUCAGGUAUCGGGGACCGAUUUUAAGAUUUCUCGUAUUCGUAUAAGAAAUCAGGGAUCUGGGAUUUCGUUUAAAUUUUCUUUUCUUCAACAGCGAUUUGAUGUGAUGUGAUGUGAAUUGAACUCAUCAACAAAAAAUGGCUACCUUGGUCCCUGGAGUGUUAUUGAAGUUGCUUCAGCAUAUGAACACGGAUGUGAAGGUUGCUGGAGAACACAGAUCAUCUUUGUUGCAAGUUGUGAGCAUUGUUCCUGCUUUAACUGGUGGUGAGCUCUUUCAAAAUCAAGGGUUUUAUCUCAAGGUAUCAGAUUCAUCUCAUGCCACAUAUGUAUCUUUACCUGAUGAAGAUAUUGAUCUGAUUCUAAGUGAUAAGAUCCAAUUGGGUCAGUAUAUACAUGUUGAGAGGCUUGAAUCAGCCACUCCAGUCCCAAUCUUGCAUGGGGUUCGUCCUGUUCCUGGCCGACAUCCAUGUGUUGGAACCCCUGAAGAUAUAGUUGCAACCCAUAAUUUAGGGUUCCUCAAUAACAAUGGCAGUUCCACAAAUUCAUCAUCUGGUUCUAAAUUACCCUCCAAAAAGGAUACUAGUUCCACACUAAGAUCAAAUAGUAGACUUAAAGAAGAGCUAGUGGAUAGUAAGAAACCUGCAGGAACCUUGGGAAGAUCUAAAUCUCAAUUGGCAAAAUUGGUAUUGAAUACAACAGAAUCAAGGCAAUCUUUGUUAAAAGUCAAACCAUCCAAUUCGAGGUCAAUUCCUUCGUCUCCCACGAGUUGUUACUCGCUGCCUACUUCUUUUGAGAAGUUUUCCAGUGGGAUUAAGCAUCAGUCAAAGAUCAAAGGAUUGGAUAAGGAAAUUGGUAAACUGAAUUUGGGGGAAAAAGCAACUCCAGUUCGUGGCGCAAGUCCGAGUGCGAAGAAGUCUGGGAUCGGAAGCUCAAUAAAGAAUUUUGUUCAGGGUAUCGAGUUGGGGCCCAAGGCUCUAAGGAAGAGCUGGGAAGGUAAUAUGGAUAUCAAGACUCCAAGAUUGAAAGUCACCAAGAAUGAUUCAAAGCCUGAUGCCCGGAGUACAUCUGUUCCAAGAAAAUCUACAAGUGAAAGGAUGCCAUCUAGAGAUGAGGAUAAUAGAGUACAAUCGAAUGUGAAGUCAUCUAAAGAGGAAAGCAAGGUUCGGACACCUGCAAAGAGAGCUACGGCAGUUGGAGAUUUAGUUGAUCACGAGCAUUCAAAUAAGCAAAAACAAUCAUCCGGCAGGAAGUCAUCGGCAGAGGCAUUGACAAAUGGUCUACCAGGAAACUUUGUCAAGGUCUCUCUUAGUAACAGGCGAUUGACAGAUGGAGGCGCUUCUUGGUCUUCACUCCCGUCUUCUCUUGCAAAGCUUGGAAAGGAAGUCCUGAAGCAUAGAGAUGCUGCCCAAAUUGCUGCCAUAGAGGCGAUGCAAGAGGCAUCAGCUGCAGAAAGCUUACUUCAAUGUAUAAGCACGUAUUCUGAGCUGCGCUCUUCCGCAAAAGAAGAUAACCCGCAGCCUGCUGUGGAGCAAUUCUUGGCAUUGCAUGCUAGUUUGAAUAACGCUCAUCGGAUUUCUGAAUCUUUAUCCAAAACGACAACUCUAUCAUCAGAUCAUGAAGACAACCCAUCAGAAGAACAAUUGAAAGUUUCUUCAGAAAGGCAUAAACAAGCAACUUCUUGGGUCCAUGCUGCCAUGGCUACCAACUUAUCAUCCUUCUCGGUCUAUAGCAAACAAGCCAAGUUAACCUCUUUGAUUUCACCAUCUUCAACAACGGAUCCAUCCCCCAAGACUCUUCGGCCUGUCCUAGUACUUGAGGGGUCCACCACCAAUUCUGCAUCACCCAAAACCCAAGUCAAACCCCGGCAGUCUAAGAUAGUCAACUCAUCAACUCCACGAAGACAAACGGCUGGAUUGGUUGUUCAGCAAAAGCCAAGAAUCCAACCUCCACCAGAAUGGGAAAGAGGUGGUGGUUUUGAUGAGGCAGUCGACUUGGCGCAAAAGCUGAAAAUGGAGUCUCAGGAUUGGUUCUUGGGGUUCGUUGAAAGAUUCUUGGAUGCUGACGUGGACACCUCUAACACUCUAUCAGACAACGGUCAGAUUGCAGGCAUGCUGAGUCAGCUAAAGAGCGUAAACGACUGGUUAGAUGCAAUCGGAUGUGGCAAGGAUGAAGAAGAAACUUCUUGUCAUAUAUCCCCAGAAACUAUUGAAAGGAUAAGGAAGAAGAUUUACGAUUAUCUGCUUACACAUGUAGAAUCUGCUGCAGCUGCACUUGGUAAACCCUAAACCAUGAUUUGAAGAUGACUCAUAUAUAUAUAUUUUUUUGUAUAUAAAAUUACUCAGCACAGCAGGUAGGUUGGGUUGGGUCGGGGGUGGGUAUAGAAGAUGCAGUGUUGACAAAAUUUGAUUAUGAAGAAAGUUAUUGAAUUGGGAGUAUUUUUUAUGUUUGAUUUGUUGUUUUUGUUUUGGAAAAUUGUUAAUUGAACACUACAGAAAUUUGCGCAGAAAUGAUGCUUAAACUUGCAGGG